AUGGCAUCCGAAAUGAAAACAUGUUUUGUUGAGCGCAAAGAUGCCAUUCAGGUCCAUGAUCACUGUCCUGAGCGUCCGUAUGUUGAGUUGGAAGUGCCGCAAGAUGCGAAGCGAGUUCACGCUGUGACUUUCGGAGGAACGUCACGCGAUCAAGGCUGGGCAGAUAGAUCAGAAGCUGUGUCAUUCACCUGGUGGGACGCUUCAGUAAAACGCCCAGAAGGACGUGGAGAUCUACGCACUAUCACUGUACUCAAUAACCGUCUAGCAAAUGACGAGCCCCAGAACUGGUCUGAUCGAUGGACUGUCUUCCAUGGACCCAGACGAAGACUCUGGAUUGAGGCACUUCGACCAGGCGAUGUCAUUCAGUUGAUCCCUCGAGCUAUGUAUAUGGCUUGGGUGAAUAUUAUUGACGAGGGAAGUAUCAAGAUUGAGUACGAGCCUAAGGAUUUGGGGGAAGAACUUCAAGCCCUACAACUUACCUCAAACGCCUCGCAUUAUGCCGAGGCGCUGAGUGUCGAAAGGCAGGAUAUUCGACUCCUCCAUGUUGAGCCAGGGAGUUUUGAUGACCCGAUCCAAUGUUCUUUCCGCUUGGCAAGCCUGAAGGAAGUCGUGUCAAAAGGGAUCGACUUCCACGCCUUGUCGUAUUGCUGGGGAGAUCCUACCGAGAGAGAAGACAUCUUCCUAUCGAAAAAGGGUGACUUCGACAAUGGAAAGGAAGCUAUGCCUUUUAGUAUUGGAAAGUCUGCUGCCCAAGCACUUCGUCGGUUACGACUAGAGGGAGAAACUCUGGUUAUAUGGAUCGACGCCGUGUGCAUCAACCAAGAUGAUCUCGAGGAGAGAGCCCAGCAGGUCACGCUCAUGAGUCAGAUUUACUCCUUGGCGUCGGUCGUUCACAUUUGGCUGGGAGAGAAUAACCACGGCGUCGAGGCUUGCUUGAAGCUUAUCCGAGAUAUCUGCAACUCGAACUCCAGAUUAUGCCAAGGUGGUGAGCAAUGCUCAUGCGCUGGAACAGCCCACUUAACUCCCCUUGAGGAGAUUCGAGCUUAUGAGCAGAGCAAGAAGGAUGAGGGAAAGGCCAUCUCUUUCAAGGGGAUGUUGGAGGUCUUCGAUAUCCACUUGAAAAACUGGACAAGAGAGAUUAUAGAUCUGGCUGGCUGGUAUGGAAACACCCAACUGUCGUUCCUCAUGAGCACUCUCUACGAAAACCCGUGGUUUACCCGAGUCUGGGUUAUCCAGGAAGCUCUAUCAGCGAAACAACCCUUCAUUCAUUGUUCCGGAGAGCAGGUCCCUUGGGGGGAAGUGGUACAAGUCAGCAGUUGGCUUGAAAACCCUGGAUAUUCCAGCCAAAACCCGCACAUUGUCUCACAACAGAUUUCCAUGGCUGCUAUUUGGAAGACCCUCAAACCAAAAGGCAGAACUACGGAGGUUCCGACAACUCCCAUCGAAGCACAAGAUACGAAUGAGUUAUCCAGUAUCUUAGAAGUCUUUCUUUCCGGUCUGGAUCUCAAGGCAACCGAUCCUCGAGAUAAACUGUUUGCAUUGCUCACCUUUGCGAAUGAGACGCACGAUACUACGAAAUUGGAUGAUUUGAUCCGGCCCAACUACGAUAAGUCGAAGGAGAGAGUGUUUGCUGACUUCACUCGCUGGUGGAUCCGAGAGCAUAACUCGGUGGCCAUUUUAUCUACUAUUCAUUGUCAACCAUCACGUACUUGGGUAAAGAUUCUGGGGCCUGAAGCCCAGGAUCCAGUGACGGAUCGACCGACUUGGUCUGUUGACAGCAAAGGAAGCUCAAGACGGACUCAAGCCAACUUGAACGCACGGUUCAAAUUCAAAGCAGCAGGCGAUACGAAGCCGAAUCUUGAGCUGCUCAAGACUGACGAUCCUCUCGUUCUUCGACUCUCAGGUCUUCACAUUACCGAGAUAAGGAGCGUCAGCCACGCACCCAUCGAGUACAUAUAUCCUUACCAAAAGCCUGUCGAAGAGCAAAGCGAACUAUCUCAAGUCUUUGACAAAAUCUUCGAUCCCUGUGCUCUAUCACCAUUCUGGUCACGAAACCAAACUGCAGAUGGCUUCAAAACAGAAAACAACGAGACAUGCAACAUGAAAUAUCUAGAUCAUAUGCGUUCUCACUGGAACUACCGUUCGCGAGAACCUCUUGAAGUGCUGAAACCAAACGCCGGGGAAGGGUUGGAGCACUACAAGACGAAUAAGCUUCCGACAUGUAUGGAGCCUUGUUUCUUUGUGACUAAUUCGGGGUUGUUUGGCUUAUGUCCUUGGCGAUCGAAAGAGAGAGAUUUGAUUGUGUUGCUUGAUGGCGGUAAUGUACCGUAUUUGCUGAGGCCUGUUGGGGAGGAGAGGUUCGAGUUGGUCGGGGAGUGUUUUGUACAGGGGAUCAUGCAUGGGGAGAUAUUGGAGGGGUUGGCGAAGCUGGGGAAUGGGCUUGGGAAGAGACAGGUUUUCACUAUUGUUUAG